AUGAGCAACGCAGCGCCGGCCUUUGGGCUCGCCGCGCUGCUGGAUACCCUCGCUGCCGCGACGUCGACGUCGGACGUGGCGACGCUGCAGCGCGCAAACGAGCAGCUGGAUGAAUGGGAGACCGACUCAUCGUACUGGGAGGCGCUCGUGCACAUUGCACUCGACCGGAAUACCACGUCGACCCACGACGACAUUCGCCGCCUCGCCAUCAUCCGCUUCAAAAAUGGCGUGCUGAAGUACUGGCGCCCGCGCAUCACACGCCAUGGUACCGUGAAGAUAUCGAAUGAGGCCAAGGAGCGCAUCCGCUCAGCGCUCCUCAGCGUCCUGCACGAACCGGACCGGACGGUCGCGCUGCAGGCCGCCGUUGCCAUCGCCAAGAUUGCGCGCAUCGAUUACCCCGGCGAGUGGCCGAACCUGAUUCCCCUUGUGCGCGAGGCUAUCGAGUCCGCCGCGCACACCAUCCACGAAGCGGCCGCAUCGAACGCUGGGAUGGACCAUACGGCGCCGGCGACGCUGCUCUUGCUGCGUGCCUCGGACGUGUUGCGGCAGUGCCUCAAGGAGUUUGAGACGGUGCGUGUGCUUGCAGGCAAGAUGCGCAUGACCGAGCUCGCACGCGCACUCCUCCCGGCGCUCCAGCCGACGUUUGAGCAGUUGUUCCAGGAAACGUUCGCCGUGCAGGGCGACCGCAGUGUGCAGGCCGUCGUGCAGUGGGCAUUGGUGCCGGGUGCACACGAGCGCAUCCGCGCGAGCCACCUGCUCUUCAAGGUGCUCCAGCGCCUCGCACUGGCCGACACCGGCAUGAUCUCGGCGCAGAUCCAGCAGAGCAAGGGCAAGGGCGAAAAUCUCGCCUACCUCUUUUUUGUGUGCACGCCCCGCCAGCUCGAGAGCAUCACGGAGCUGCGCCACUUUGUCGUCGAGGCCGCGCCGCGUCAUCCAGAGCUCGCACCACUUGCCUCGCCACUGACCAAGCACAUGGUCGUCUACGCAAAGUUCCACCUCGCGCUCAUCGCCAAGAUGCACAACAAGGUCGCCAGCUGGCCGGGCUGGGCGGACGUUGCGUGGUGGUACUGGAGCGUGCUGCGCUCCGCGGCGCAGAGCGGCGCGGCGACGGCCCUGCGCAAGCCCGAGGCGGCGUCCGACGACGCAGACGCGGUGCCGUACCCUUACCGCUGGCUCGUGCUUGCGCUCGUGCUCCUGCGCACGACCCUUAUGGCAUGGCGCCGCAACCGUCCGGCAGACACGCCCUUUGUUGGCGUGCAGGGUGCGCAGUUUGAACUCGACGCGGUCGAUGUCCUUCUCGGCACGUACCUGCGCCUCACCCCGGACGACCUCGCGCGCUGGGAGGAGAACGCAGAAGAGUUUGCGAUCGAAGAGACGCAGGCGGAUCCUGACCUGGACAUUCGGCCCGCUGCCGAGCGCCUGCUCAUGGCGUUGUCCGAGUCGUGCAUUCGCAGCGUGCGGGCGGGCGUCACGUCCGAUAUGCUCCCGAACGUCUCCGAGACGGUCUUUCAGCGCUUCGAGGCAUCGGCAAGCUUGGAUACGCGCACGCUCGAUGCGGUGCUCCAGCGCGAUGCGAUCUACACGGCGCUGGGCCUGUGCCGCGACCAGCUCGACCCUAAUCUCACCGAGGACGACGAGGAGCUCGGCGGCGCGUCGCUUGGGCCCCAUAAUAUCAACCGCAUGUCGGACGCAAUCGGCACGCGCUUUGUCCCGGAAGCUCUGCUGGGCCCGCCGGCGGUGGAUGCGACGUGGGUCGUGAUGCGCCGCCGCAUCGCGUGGCUCCUCUGGGAAUGGAGUGAGCACGUCUUUACCGAGACACGCCCGGCCGUGUACGGCGUGCUUGUCCAGCUCCUCGCCAAAGAUCCGGGCCGCACCGACGCGGCAGUGCAGCUCGCUGCCGCGCGCUCGCUCAUGGCACUCGCCGAUACGCUCGAGUUCGACGCGGACACCUUUGAGCCGUUCCUCGGCGACGCACUCGCUGGCCUCGUGUGCCUGAUCGCCGAUAGCGACCUCACCGAGGUGGGCAGCAUUCGCACCGUCGCCUCGACGCUCUCAGUACUGAUUGAGCGCGUGGGGCCGCGUGCCGUGCCGUAUGCACCCCGCCUCGUGCAGCUUGUCCCAAUGCUCUGGGGGCACGACGAUCCGGAAGCGCGUGCCAAGCCAAGCAUCCUCGAGUUCCUCAGCAAGCUUGCAGCGGCCAUCGGGCCAUCGCUCAAGGACGCAAACGACGCCGUGCUCCAGCAGCUGCAUGCGACGGUCGCGUACGUUGUGCGCGAUAGCCUCACGCCUGCGCUUGCACCGCUGCUUGGCUACGAUGCGCUGCUGCUCUACGUGCACACGCUGCAGUCCACGCGGCACCUCUCGCAGGAGCUUUUUACGCUCGCCGAGGUCGCCGUGCCGCUCGUACUGCAGCCAGACUACUCGCCACUCGUGUGCCGCUUGUGGGAGGAGCUGUGUCUCUUGGUGCCCAUCGAUGCGCUCCAGCACUAUGGUGCUGCAGUCUACGGCGCGCUCGCGACGCUGUUUGCCGACCGGGAUAGCCCAGUGGUCGUCGCACCGCUCGGUGCGAUCGAGUGCCACUUGCGUGCGCUCACUGCAGCCGAGCGCCCCGAGGUGCUGCGCUACUUUGUCGAGCUCUUGCACAGCACCAACCUUUUUGCGAUGCUCCUCGCGACGCUGGUGCGUGGCGAAGAGUCGGCGGUCAUUGCGACGCAGUUUGUGUGUGUGCUGAGCCGCCUCGCGUACGCGCUCCCUGCGCCUUACUUCCACGAGCUGGUGCGUGCGAGCGCGCCGACUGUCGCCCAGACGCUGCACGAUAUGCCCAAGGUGCAGCAGUGCCUGCAAGGCGGGUUCGCAGGCGGCCUCUGGACGCUCGUCCUUCCGGACAUGAUCCGACGCGUGGAAAACAUGGCGACGAUGCGCAAAAUGAAGAUCACUGCCUUGGGCACCGCAAACAUCCUGCGGGGUGCGACCGCUGCCGAAGAUGCACCGAUCCUUGCGCUGCUGCCUGAUAUGGUCGGCGUGUGGACCGACGUGCUGGGCCAGGUCGUGGAAGAUGCGGAGGGGAACUCGACGAUGUACGAACGCGAGCUCUCACCGGACCGUGCGUUUGGCAACGAGGACCUGGAAGAAGAGCUUGACUUGGGCCUGACGGGUUCGGGCUUCGGCGCGCUCGAGGACACGACGCCGGCAGCACGCCGCUCCGAAGAGCUCCUCGCGCGUGACCCGGUGGUCACCGAGCCGCUCCGCCCAUACAUCUCGUCUGCGCUCAACACGGCGCUCGCCGACCACCCAGAGCAUACCCAGAGCGGUGCUAUUUUGCACCAAGCGCUCGCAAGCAUCGAUCCUAUGGUGCUCGACGUGCUGCACAAGGACCUUGUCCAGCCGCCGGUGUCGAGCUAA